AUGUCCUUCCAAAAACCUGAGAAAGACUUCGCUGAGGGGCCGAAAAUCCACAAAAUCCGAAUCACGUUGACCUCUCGCAAAGUACAAUCUCUUGAGAAAGUGUGCUCUGAGCUCCUCGAGCGCGCGAAAUCCAAGAACCUCCGCGUCAAAGGCCCCGUUCGUUUGCCGACCAAGACGCUCAAAGUUACCACGCGCAAGACGCCGUGUGGUGAAGGGUCGAAGACAUGGGAUAUGUAUGAGAUGCGAAUCCAUAAGAGAUUGAUCGAUCUCAAUGCGCCGACCGAGGUCGUCAAGCAGAUCAUUAUUAAUAUCGAGGCUGGGGUCGAGGUGGAAGUGACUAUUGCUGCAUAA